GAAGAAAGGCAAGAAAGAGGCAAGAGAGGGAGGCAGGACGGAAGGAAGAAAUCGAUCAAGUAACAGCAGUCAGCAAACAGGAGAAGGAGAAAAAAAAGAAAGAUGACCAAGACAAAAGGAAGAGAAAUAAAGCAGAGAAAGCUAGCAAAGCAAAGAGCACAAUAGAUGAAAUAACAACAGACGAAAGAAAAAUUAAACAAGAUAAGAAGAGGAGAGAAGAGGAGGCAAGCACGAAAGAAAAAGCGAUAAGAAGAAGAGAUCGACAAACGAGAAAAAGAGACAAGGCAAAAUACAAGGAAAAGAUGAACAGAGAAAGCACAAAGGCAAAAUUAUGA